CGUACCGGUCCAUCAACACUUCCGGUCCGACCUUUUUCUCCCUCCGCCCCGGUGCCUUUUCACUUUGCGGCCCACGUGCGGCGUUAAUUCGUGUUUUUAGCUUAAAAAAAUCAAGUAAAAGUUUGGACCAAAUGGCAUCGUCUAUCGAGCAGAUGAGGGCGAACGUGGGGAAGCUUCUCAGAGGAAUCGACAGGUACAACCCAGAAAACCUUGCAACGCUGGAGCGCUACGUGGAGACGCAAGCGAGAGAAAAUGCCUACGACCUGGAAGCAAACCUUGCUGUGCUCAAGCUGUACCAGUUUAAUCCAGCAUACUUCCAGACUCAAGUGACCUCACAGAUUCUGCUGAAGGCGCUGACCAACCUGCCACACACCGACUUCACACUCUGCAAGUGCAUGAUCGACCAGACACACCAGCAGGAGGAGCGGCCCAUCAGACAGAUCCUCUAUCUGGGGAACCUGCUGGAGACGUGCCACUUCCAGAGCUUCUGGACGAGUCUAGAGGAGAACAGAGAGCUCAUCGAUGGCAUUACUGGUUUUGAGGACUCUGUGCGCAAGUUUAUCUGCCAUGUUGUGGGCAUCACCUACCAGACCAUCGAUCGCCGCUUACUGGCCGAGAUGCUCGGAGACCCGCUGGGUAAGACCUUUGACACACACGUGCAAAAACCUGGCAGACGGCUCAUAUAA